AUGCAAGAGGAGAUUGAUGACAUGCUUCAGACAGAACUUUUGCUAACACAAAUGUGUGAGCGACACCGCUUGGAGGCCGAGGCGAUGGAGGAACGCGUUUAUUUACUGCAGUGGCUUCACCAACAACAAAAGCAGAAGCAGCAUCCACAUGACUUGCCACCGCAAAAGCAACCCCUUUAUUCUGCUAAUAGAACACUGGAAAGGCAGGGGUCACCAGAACUGCCUUGGACGCCACCGCAUUUUCUUUAUGCCAAAGAAAAUAUUGGACUGGACGUAUACGUCAACGGCGGGAGUGACUCUCAGUUGCCCUGUCAGAAGCAGCCGCUUGAUGAGUUGUGUGCUGCUGUUUCCGGGGCGUUGUCAAAGACACUAGAGAGCGUCCUUCAUGACCAACUACUUCCGUUUAAACGAUCUGUGGAGUCUCUUCGCUCAAGUGACGAUGAGCUUUGCAACAGCCUCAAGAAAGUCGUACAAACUAUGCUGCACGAUGGACACGACAAUGUGAUGCAUGCCACGAGAAUAAAUGAGAGGCAAGAAAAAUUUAUUGGUGAUAUGCAACGCAUUCUACAAGAGUUUUACGCUGCAAAUUUACCACAAACACAUGAUGGGCUUACAUCCCUCCGCGAGGCUCUAAAAAAAGUGGCACGCUUGACGUCCCACAACGCCAAGGUCAUGGAUGACAAAUUGAACGAUAUUCUUACCUCGAUGUCCGCGGUAGCCAGGCAGCUGACGUUCCUGACCAUUCCAUCGAUUCAGAGGCGCACUGAUGCGUCUCCGACUCUGAGGUGCUCUGCCGCUGUCUCGUUAUCCGCUGUGGACUCUGGCCGCUUGGACGCAAGCCCAAAUACUCUUUUGGGCUUAAAACGAGUUCACGCUGAACUCGUGGACUCGGACGCGGCUCCACCGGAGCAUACAGGUGCCAGUGCGCCGGUUGCUGUACCGACGCUGCCAUCUCAUGAGUGGGAUGUGAUGGACUCUGAUGAUGAAUCAGUUCCUUCACUGCCUGCUUUCUCCACUGCACGGAAGACGCCGUACGAUGUGGAUGAUUUGUGA